CGAAGCAGUUUGAAAUGUUUUGUCUCUUUCCCACUCAUUAGUUCACCGGUUGCGCUACUGAUUGCCGAUCGGUCGUCUCGAUUUUUGAGUUCAGUAUCCGGCAGCCAUUGCCUAUCUGUUGUUGGUUCUUACGUUAAAACAAUGAGUGAUAAUUUUAUUUUUGAUGUAGCUUUAUUUAUUGAUGAGAUUCGGAAAAGACCAGCCAUCUGGGAUACAAAAACGGAUUUUCCUAGGGAUUUGAAAAAGAAGGCAUGGAAUGAGAUCAAUGAUAUGUUCGGAGAGGAAAAUAUGUCGCCGGCUGACAAACGACUUUUAGGAUGCAAACUGCAGCAAAAAUGGAAGAAUCUCAGAACCUGUUUCGGAAGGGAAUUGAAACGUCAAAGGAAUUCUGGAUCGGUUGCUACCCGUAAAAGUGAAUAUAUAUACUACAAAAAAAUGUUAUUCCUUACAAAUGUAAUGAGUGAAAGAGAUAUAACUGAACCAGAAUAUGUAUACUUUCAUGAAGAUGAGACUAGUCAAUCUGAGACCACAGAUAACAAAAACUUAGCAGAACAAUUGCAAACACAAUAUGAUGAUAAAAAUCAAAGUCAUACAAAUCAAAGUGUAAAAAAUAGUAAGAAACGUAAAGCUUGUGAAUCUGAAGAACUGUUAAGUAACGAAGAUGAGGACGAGGAUCGUCUAUUCCUAUUAUCUAUGCACGAAACUUUGAAACAGGUGCCUAUAAAAAAAAAGAUGGGAGUGAAAAUUAAAAUGUUGUCUAUAUUACACGAUACUUUAUCAUAAACUGCGCCAGUCAAAAAGCAAGCUGUUAAAUAAUGUCCGUAGCAUGCCGGCAAGCUGAGGUAUUUUUAAAAAAAUUACAGAUUAACGCUUGGCUUCAAUUAGACCUGCUAGC